CAGCCCGCUGGCACUGGUGCUGACUGGGGUGCUGGCGCUCACCGGCCUCUUCUUCGUCAUCUUCUUCGUAAGCGGAGUGAGCCACUUCCAGGACCCCCUUUUCUGUGGGUUUAUGUUGUUCUCCUUCACCUCCAUCGUCGUCUCCCUGGAGGAGGAUGGCUACAUUUCUGGCUUCAUGGAGGUCUACGUCAGAGAGGGCGAGCCCUACCUGCGCACGGCGCACGGCAUCAUGAUCUGUUACUGGGACGGCAUCAUCCACUACGGGCUCUACCUCGCCAUGAUCGCGGCCAUCGGCCAGAGAAAGAGCUACAGGAACUUGGGUCUCUUCUGGCUGGGCUCUCUGAUGAUGAGCAUCGUCGUCUUCCUGCUCGGGAACAUGAUAGGGAAAUACAGCUCCGACCUCAGCCCUGCCUUCCUGCUCAACCUGCCCUACAUCCUUAUCCCCCUCCCGGGCUGGACCACAGGGUGCAGAGCUGAAAACACGGUGUUUUCCCUUUCCCAGGUUGCAGAGGAGCAACGCAAGCACCUGUACCAGCGGCCCUGGGAUGUGGGGCUGGUGCUGGUCCUGCUCCUCACCGCUGCAUUCACCUUCUUCAGGGGGAUG